AUGCCGGGCCUGAGGAAGGGGCUGAAGCAGCGCCGCGGCGGAGGAGAAAACAAGAACGAGGCCUGGAGCGAGUUGCCCGCGUCCAAAUGUCUUAGUCGGGUGCAGGGAGCCAUGGCAGGAGCUAUGGUGCGCAUUGGGGACCAGCUCAUCCUGGAAGAAGAUUACGAUGAGACGUACAUUCCCAGCGAGCAAGAAAUCCAGGAUUUUGCACGGGAGAUCGGGAUUGACCCUGAGAAGGAGCCAGAGCUGAUAUGGCUGGCCAAGGAAGGCAUCGUGGCCCCGUUACCACCCGAGUGGAAGCCCUGCCAGGAUAUCACUGGGGAUAUCUACUACUUCAACUUUGCUAACGGCCAGUCCACGUGGGACCACCCCUGUGAUGACCACUACAGAGAGCUUGUCAUUCAGGAGCGAGAGAAGCUGCUG